CUUUUCUCUAGCAUGAAUCGGUUUUGGCUUAAAAUCAUAACCAUAAUCGAGAUGUCAAUUAAUAAAUAACCAUAACCAUAGCCCGAUCAGUUAUGGCCUUUGCGGUUAAUCGGUUUGAAAGGUUAUAGUGAGUCGGUUAUAGGUUGGUUAACUGUGAGUUCGAGCCUAGUUAAAAAUAACUCAAAACAAUAUAACUGGGUUUUAUUUGGGCCUUAAAUUUUCUGACUAUGGAACAAAUUGUAUUACACAUUUGUAUGUAUUAUUAUAUUAUAUAACAUCAAAAAAAAAAAAAAAACGUAUAAGCGGUUCUAUUUGGUUUUGGCAGCCAUAAUCAAUCCACUAUUGUCGGUUAAUUCGGUUAUGGGUAGUUAAUUUGGUUUUCUGCAUGCCCCCCUCUGCUCUAAUGACAGAUUUAUUAUGUCAUUGUGAUUAGAGAAAAUUCAAUAAAAGAAAAGUCAAAAUGUUGUUUCAAAGUGAACAGGGACUUUUCUAUCAAUCUAAAAUUGUUCAAUUUUUCAAAGUUGUAGACCAAAAGAUGAGUCAAAAUUGCUAUAUAUCACCACCAUCAUCCAAAACUCUCAUCUUUAAAACACCACAACGAUGGAAAUUGGUUACAUGAUACUACUAUUCUCAUGUGUUUUGUUCUUGCUUCUGUCAUCUUGUGCAACACUAAACACCAUAUCUACAAAUCAAGUAAUCAAAGAUGGAGAUACAAUAGUUUCAGAUGAUAACAUGUUUGAACUUGGGUUCUUUAGCCCGGGAAGAUCCAAAAAUCGGUACGUAGGGAUAUGGUACAAGAAAAUAUCAACGGGUACUGUCGUAUGGGUUGCUAACAGGGAGACACCAAUCACAGAUAAAUCAGGCAUGCUCGAACUAAGCAGACAUGGAAACCUACUAAUUCGCAGUGGUGACAAUACAGUGAUCUGGUCAUCCAAUUCAGCAAUAUCAAUGAUGCCGGUGGUGGUGGUAGUGCAGCUUCUGGAUACUGGAAAUCUCGUUGUGUGGGAUAGAAGUACCAAGAACGAAUGUGUAAUCUGGCAAAGUUUUGAUCAUCCUGGUAACACAUUCUUACCAGGCAUGAAAUUUGGAAAAGAUUUGGCAACAGGUAUAGAACGAGUUAUGAUACCAUGGAAGAGUGUAGAUGAUCCUUCACCAGGUGAAUAUUUACACUAUCUAGACACAAAUGGAUACCCACAAAUGUUUGUGAGAAAAGGUUCGGUUGUACGAUGGAGAUAUGGACCAUGGAAUGGUCUUAAGUUUCAAGGUUUGCGCAUGGAAAACCCAAAUCCUAUUUACUCUGUUCAAUUUGUUUCGAACGAAAAGGAAAUAUAUUACACAUAUGAAAUUACGACUUCGGUUGUUCAAAGGAUCCUUGUGUUGCCAGAUGACACCGCUGUGCAUUUGCGUUGGAUGGAUCAAAUCCAUGACUGGGCUGUGCAUUCUAUUGGAGCACUAACAGAGAGUUGUGGUGGUUAUGGACUUUGUGGGCCAUACGGAAGCUGCAGUCCUAAUAGGUACCCCCCUUGUACUUGUAUUGCUGGUUUUAUGCCUCGGGUCCCAGAUGAAUGGGAUAGAGGAAUUGGGUCUAGUGGAUGUGAACGUAAACGGGAUUUAGAUUGUGGAAGUGGGUCUGGCUUUAAAAGAAUUUCAGGAGUUAUAUUUCCAGACACACGCCGUUCAUGGUAUAAUCAAAGCAUGACGCUUGAAGAAUGUGAGAUGGCUUGCAGUUUGAAAUGCAAUUGUACGGCUUAUGCAAAUUCAGAUAUCAGAAAUGGAGGAAGCGGAUGUUUGCUUUGGUUUGAUGAGCUUAUUGACACCACAGAGAGUGAUGAUAAGCAGGGUCUUUACAUAAAAUUGGCUGCCUCUGAGUUAGUUGCAGGAAAUGACGAUUCCCCAUCUAGCUUAAACAAGAAAAAAAAGUAUAUACAGUGGUACAGGUAUGCCCUUGAUAAAAAGGAUAACAGUGUGCGGAUGGAAGAUCUUGAUGAGCUACCUUUACUUAGUCUAAAUAAAAUAGUCAAGGCUACAGAUAACUUUAACAUCAACAACAAGAUUGGAGAAGGUGGAUAUGGUCCAGUUUACAAGGGUGUGUUGGAAGAUGGACAAGAGGUAGCUGUGAAGAGGCUCUCAGAAACAUCCCAACAAGGGAUUGAAGAAUUCAAGAAUGAAAUCAUUUGUAUUGCCAAACUUCAGCAUCGCAAUCUCGUGAAGCUUCUUGGAUACUGCGAUCACAGAAAUGAACUGAUUUUGGUUUAUGAAUACAUGACAAACAAAAGUUUAGACUUAUAUCUAUUUGAUGAAACCAGGAGCUCGAUGCUUGACUGGCCACAACGAUUUAAUAUUAUACAAGGGAUGGCUCGAGGUAUUCUUUAUCUACAUCAAGAUUCCCGUCUUCAAAUCAUACACAGAGACCUCAAGGCAGGUAAUAUUCUUUUGGAUGGUGACAUGAACCCCAAAAUCUCCGACUUUGGGCUUGCUAGAAAGUUUGUAGGAUCCGAUACUGCCACUAACACAAAGAAAGUAGUGGGAACACAUGGUUAUAUUUCUCCUGAGUAUGCAGUACACGGACGAUUCUCUAUAAAGUCUGAUGUAUAUAGUUUUGGUGUUUUGGUGUUGGAGAUCGUGAGUGGUAGGAAAAACAGAGAAUUCUCUCAUGAUGAUCACAAUGACAACCUUCUUGGACAUGCAUGGAGACUUUAUAAACAAGGCAGAUCCAUUGAACUUAUGUGUGCAUCUUUAGAUACCUCUUGCGUCAUCCCGGAAGUAAUAAAAUCAAUACAUGUUGCAUUAUUAUGUGUGCAAAACCAUGCAAAAGAUAGGCCAACGAUGUUAACAGUGGUUUUAAUGCUGGUCAGUGAGAGUGUGUUGCCUCAACCUAAACAACCAGCUUUUUACUCUGAGGAGACCAGUAGUGAACUUGAGUCUGUUUCUUCAGUUGAUGGUUCCAUGAUAACACAUUUAUACGCCCGAUAGCAAACAAGUGAUGCUAUCAGAUGUACAUAGAGCCAUAACCUUUUCCAAGCAGUUGUUGUAACAGAUUAUUCAUUAAAAAGCUUACAAGCAUAUAAAUACAUAGGGAUUCAUAAAUA